GACCGUAGACGUGGAUACCAUCGAACGGUGAAAAUGGUCUUUUAUAUUUUUUAGUUUUUACCUUCAUCAUCAUUCUGAUGAGUCUCAGAAAUUGAAGCAUUCACACAACACAAACGAAGAUCAGUGAUGGCUCUUGAGGCAUGGUUUAUGGAUGAUAGCAGUGAAGAUCAGAGACUUCCUCAUCAUCGUAACCCCAAAGAGUUUGUCUCCUUGGAUUACUUGUCAGAGUUGGGAGUGUUGUACUGGAAGUUGAACCCUGAGAACUACGAGAAUGAUUCUGAGCUUGGCAAGAUUAGAGAAGAGAGGGGUUACGAUUACAUGGAUUUACUGGAUUUGUGUCCCGAGAAAGUCAGCAACUACGAAGAGAAGCUGAGGAACUUUUUCACAGAACACAUUCACAAGGACGAAGAGAUUCGGUACUGCCUAGCUGGAAGUGGCUACUUUGAUGUUAGGGACAAGGAUGACCGUUGGAUCCGAAUCUGGAUGCAACCGGGAGAUCUUAUUGUCCUUCCAGCCGGAAUCUACCACAGGUUCACACUCGACACCAGCAACUACAUCAAGCUAAUGAGGCUGUUCGUGGGAGAACCGGUUUGGACAGCAUACAACCGGCCACAGGAAGAACAUCCAGUUAGGAAACAGUAUACAAAGGGCUUAACCCACAAGUUUGGAGAAGCCAUUAAAGCACAUUAAGAGGUUUAAUAUGUGCUUGUUGUGUAGUAUGUAUUGUGUACUCCUUUGCAGUAAAACAGAGGCUCCUUCCGUAUAGUUGUGCUUGUUGUAACAUACUCUUUGCAAUGUAUGCUUUUAUACCUAAAACAGAGAGUAUUUCUUUAAUAUUAACUUUUAAAUAUUUUAUUUACAUUUUAAA